GGCAGGAUUAUUGACAGUGUCACGGCCGCGAAGAACGGUUGCAAGGGGGAGAUCAACACACUCCAUGAGAUAGAGAGGCGUGGACAUGCCACCGUUGCCAAGAAGGUCGAGGCUGAGAAGAGCCGUGCCAAGUUCAACGCGCUCGACUCCAAUGGCGAUGGCUUUCUGAGUCGCGAGGAUGUCGCCCGCCUGGCCAUCGACCAGUACUCCCGCAGGCUGACGGAGAACGAGCUCUGCAAGAUGCUCGAGCCCGAGGGGCCCGCGGCGGCGACCCCGCGGGGCGUCCCCUUCGAGGGCUUCGGGAAGCUGCAGGCGGACAUCGCGAGGGCCGCGCAGG